AUGGCAGGCAUUAUGUUUUCUUGUAUUGAUUGUGGCCUUAUAGUUCCAGCUUUGUUUGUAGGUGAGCGGGAGUUGGAUGAAAGCAAACACAUACGUGCCCAGUUGAAAACCCCUGACGGCAAGCGGCCAUCAAUAUUCCUCAGAUACAAGGAGAGUGAUCCGGACAAAGGGCAUAUAAAAGUUUAUCCGGGUUGCUUAAAAGUUUCCUCUGGUCACAAGAACAUCACGGUGACCAGUGAAUCCACAACAGAGGACAUUAUACGAACAGCCUUGAAGAAGUUUGGAAUUGAUGACUCUGAUCCCAGUCGGUACCGGUUGAUAGAAGUCCUCCUGGAUAAGAGGGUCUCGGAGAGGACGCUGGCACACAAUGACUUGCCGUGGGAACUCAUCAAAAACUGCAGAAAGGAGUCGUUACGUCAGAACCAGAUGACGCGCUACUACCUGCAGCAGAGGGAGGACCCACAUGGCCCCAGUAUAUCCCUGUUUGUGGGAAACUUUCCCACGGGCCUGUCACAAGGACAAUACGAAAAAAUACUGCUUGACAUUAUAUCAACAGAGAACAAAUGGGUUCGCUUUGAUGUGAUAUACUAUGAGAACGGUGUCCUGGUUCUGGACUUCUCAUCUGCGGACAAGGCCGCCAGAGUGUUCAACAUUUUAAAGGAUGCUGUUUUUGAUGAUAAACACCUACUUGUACUGUUAUUACCCAAUAUACAACCUCACAUGAUCCCUGAGAACACCACCCCCCUGCUUGUGUUUGUGAACGUGAAGAGUGGGGGGUGCCAGGGCCUCAACCUGACCACCUCCUUCAGAAAACUCCUUAACCCACACCAAGUCUUCAAUCUUGAGAAUGGUGGACCAUUACCAGGUUUAUAUGUGUUGGGAAAUGUCCCCUACUACAAGAUCCUAGCCUGUGGUGGGGACGGCACUGUGGGUUGGGUGCUCUUGUGUCUUGACAAUGUGGGCCAGGACGCCAUCUGUCAGUCACCACCGCUCUCCAUUCUGCCCCUUGGUACAGGUAAUGACCUGGCGAGAGUUCUAAGGUGGGGACCAGGCUAUACGGGAGGGGAGGACCCUUUCAGCUACCUUCGAGAUGUCAUUGAUGCAGCGGACAUCAAACUGGACCGUUGGACUGUUAUAUUCCAUCCCAAUGAGAAGGAACAGGACGAUGUCAAUGUGGCGAUAGCGAACGAUACCAACUCUGCAAACACGAAUGAGGACACCACCACCAUAUUUGUCAUGAACAACUACUUUGGCAUAGGCAUUGAUGCAGACAUAUCACUAGACUUCCAUCAAGCUAGGGAGGAAAAGCCAGACAAGUUUAACAGUCGGUACGGCACUUAA